UCCAGGUAAAUGGUAAAGACCUGUCCAAAGCCACCCACGAAGAAGCGGUAGAAGCCUUCAAGAAUGCCCAAGAACCCAUCAUCGUCCAGGUGAUGAGACGGUCACCCUGCGCUGCCAAGAACGGUAGCACCACGCCCAACGGUCAAGGUGCGGUACCCGGUCCCAUGGAGAGGACGAUGUGCAGUGUAGGUACUCAGACGGAACUUCAGAGCGAGGAUCUACUGUGGAAGGUCCUGCAGAGGUGCUCGCUACCGCCGACUGACAAGAACUGCGACGAUCCGUUAGAUGGAUUAUGUGAGCUGGAUGCGGAGGACCCACUGUCCGUCUUGGACUCUGAACUGCUCCAGAAGCUGGAGGCGAUGGAAGGGAACCUGGACCUACCCAUCCUUGAUGAAGAGGACUGCCUAGAUAGGGCCUACGAGAUGGAGUAUGAGGAUAUUGUUCUGAAGCGUACCAACUUGGAAGAUAAACUCGGUCUGACGCUCUGUUACGGCUCAGAAGAAGAUUCCGGUAUCUUUAUAAGUGAGAUUGAUCCUAACAGCAUAGCAUACGAUGACGGAAGGUUAAAAGAAGGGGAUCAAAUACUGCAGAUUAAUGGUGAAGAUGUCGUCAACAAGGAUCAAGCACUCUCACUUUUCUCUCUUCAAACGCCAUGUACUUCAUUAUUAGUAUGCAGACCGCAAUUAAGGUUUGAAGACUGUCUGUACGAAGGAAACGCUCUUCUUGAUGAUCUCCAGAUGGACAUGUUAGAACAGACGCACCAAGAAGCCAUGCAGUUCACUGCUUGUCUAUUACACUCGGAGGGCAGACCUGAUGAUGAUGGCACCACAGAUACAGGAACAACCAACACCUCAAACCACCUAGAGAAGGACAGUGGUGUGGGCAGAGCUACAGACGAGAGUACGAGACACGAUGAGAGUUCAGAUCAUGAGAUCUUGGUAGAUGAUGCCAGUAUCAACCAGAAGUUCCCUGUGGAUACCACUAGCCUGGGCAGCGGGGGUGACCUCAGGUACAGCAACGACAGCUUCACGUCCAACUCAACUGCAGAGCAUGACUUCAUGGGCCAUGAGAUAUCGGUGGAGGAAUGCAUGAAGUUCCAAGCAGCUCUGGAGAGCAAAUGUGACAAUAAGCAUUUGAGGAGUGAUACCGAUGAAAGCAAGGGAAAAGAGACCAAAGUGAUGAGGUUGGGAUCGGAUUCCAUGGAUACUACCAGCCAGAGUGGUGAUUCGUUGAACCGUCCUUGUCGCAAUCGCUUGAUCUGUGAUCAGCAGGAUGAGCUGCAGAAAGAAAGGAGAGUGAAUGGUCAUGGGGAUGUGUGGUUGUCUAAUCAAUCUCAGGAUGAACAAUUAGACACUAUCCCUUGUCAAUGUCCAAGUUCAGAAUCAAGUCAAAAGGUGGAUAAACCUGAAAAGGACAACUCACACCAACAGCAAAAGGACCUUUCUCCAGAAACCAAAGAAGAAGCCAACAAGGAAAACGGUUUGCCAUCAAGCGAGAGGCAACACAGGAGAUCCGGCUCAGGAUCUGGAAGAUCACAUAGAGCACCAAGAACUGUUCCUGGUAGUCCAGGUGGAAGGAGCAAAUCCUCUUCAAGCUCCAGGGAUAGAUCAAAGAGCACUAGCAGUUCAGGGUCCACAAAGGGCUCCAGCAAGGACAAGCAUUCUAGCCCCAGUAAGGGUGCAUCCACAAACAAUGGAGAAUCAAACCACAAACACCAACAAACACAGCAGCAGCAGGAUCAUUUAGGACAGCUACCGGGUGCAAAAGCUUAUCCACGACGACCUGCUACAAACCCUCAUCUCAGAGCGCAGUUCAACCAACGCAGCCCUUAUUUUAUGCAGCAUGAUUCUACAAGGACUAAUUUAUUAAAGCACAAUUGGAAAGUUCAGCAGCAAGCAUCACAGCUGAAGAGAAGCUUUGAUAAGUAUGGUAGCAUCCAGAGCCUGCAGUCUGUUCCUGGGUAUGCUAAGCACUAUCGCAGCUAUCUCCAUCUUAUCAAUCAGAAUGAGGAAAAUGCCAUGAAAUCCCAAAACAAUUCACAAAGGAAUGUAGAGGGACAGUGGAAGGUCAAGAUCCGCAGUGAUGGCACACGUUACAUCACCAAACGGUCCAGCCGUGACAGACUCCUGAAGGAACGAGCCACCAAGAUCCAGGAAGAGCGUGCCGGGAUGACAACGGAUGAUGAAGCAGUCAGCGAGAUGAAACUUGGAAGGUACUGGAGCAAGGAGGAUCGUAAGCGGCAUUUAGAGCGUGCCAGAGAUCAGCGAAUGAGAAGGGAGUACAUGCAGCAGGCUCGUAUGGAAUGCCUUCAGGAGCUAGAGGAAGACGGCAUCUUGAGUGGCGGUGGAGGGAAGAGAGAACCUGACAUCGUAGAGCUGAGCCAUAGAAAACUCAAUAAGAAGAAGGGUCGCAAGAUGAUGCUUGAUGACUUUACCACUGUGCAAGAGAUGUUGAUUCAUGGUUCAAAAGUCAGUCCAGACACAGCUAAAGAGUUCAGUCCUAUCUUAAAUGUUACUAUGGUAUGACAGCAGUUCAUUUAUAUAUUCUACCUAGUUUUAGUUAUGUCUUUCUGUCAUGGGAAAAUAUGGUAUGAGCAGCAAUGUUUCUAUGCAUUUUAUUGGUAUAGCCAGUGACAAAGCUUUACUUCGAAUAUGAAAUAUGAAUAUUCUAUUUAAAUCAGUCGUCAUGUCAUAUGUGAUAAAAGUGAAAACACUUAUCUGACACACAAAAAAAGGUCAAAGUUCUUUCAAAUUAUCCCUGCCUAAAAUUUUAAUAGCGUAGACAAUUGCCUAAUUAUGAGGUUAAUUACGUCUAAGAGUCGAUUACAAAAGGUUUCCUUCAUUCCCGAGAGAUUAUGGUAGACUAAAGCUUUAAUUUGACCGCAUAUGACUCAGCGUUCCAAAAGCCAGACCAUUCUGAUGGGGAAAACUGGCUCCUGUUAUAUGUGCCAAACAUAGGAUGGAGGAGUCUAAUUGAACGGUUUAUAUUUAUCUCUUAUUUCCUGUAUUCUGCGAAUCAAAGAUGGGGGUCUGAAAUAAUGUAAUCAAACGACAAGAAAUGAUUACCCCUGCCAAAUGAAGUUAAUUAAAUCCUGGCAAUGCUUUGAAUUUGCUACUGUCAUAACCGGGGUAUUCGACCAUCUGUGUCUCUGAGGGAUGAUUUAUCUGACAGGCGUACCCAGGCGCAGCAGCCUCCUCUCAUUAAAUCCAUCGCGUCUUCUCCUGUCCAUCAUGGGCAUUGUUUAUGAUUAGACCUACAGCAAAAGGGUGCUAUCUAUUCAAAUGAUCCGUACAAAUCACUUUAAGCCCGUGAUCAGUCCUGAGCAAUUGCCGGUAUUACAGUCCUAGUAAUGGGAUGACAUCAAUUAAUGUGUUUGCCUUUGUAAGAUGUUAAGUCAUUAUGAGCCGACUGAUAGAUCUGUGUGACGAUCGCUGUCUCACCAACUUGCACUGUUUUAUGAGUUUAUUUCUUCUCACGAAGGCUUUCAACUAGCUAAGGUCAUCAAGUGUAAAAAUAUCAACUAGACAUAUGUUAAAUAUCAAGAACAUACAACAUCAAUUCUAUUUUUCCUGUAUCCUUUAUCUAGAAAAAAACAUGCAAAAUUUUAUUACAUUUUGGUACUAAAAAUGCACCUCUUUUUAAAGAAAUAGGGAUCACAAAUAGGGACCAAUCUAGAAAUAUGUAGAUUUUUUGGUAAAAACAUCUGUAUCUGUAUAGUUGACUUACUAAUCUGUUAAAUUUCUUCCUCACGUUUAGAGAGCAUGGGA